AUGAACACUACUUCCAACUCGACUCAAGAACGUCCAGACGCCGCCCUAGGCGGCCAAAUGGGAGGUGGGUUCGGCUAUGGCCUUGCCCUUACCCUUGCCGUCCUCAUUGUAUUCAUGAUAAUGACCUAUGCCUCCUACAAGUGCAAGCACAUGCAAGGCAGUGCCACCAUCAACCGCCCCUCCGUAGGCAUAGACACUACCGAUGGCUCGUCUGUUCGACAAAUUGGUUUGGAUGAGGGCACCCUCUCCUCCUACCCCCACUACACCUACUCCCAAGUGAAGCCUCAUAAGGGCGAGAUGACGGCGUCAGCUUGCUCCAUCUGCCUGGUGGACUACAAGGACAAUGAUGUGCUCAGGCUGCUGCCGGAGUGCGGGCACCUGUUCCACCUCAAUUGCGUUGAUCCUUGGCUUAUGCUCAAUCCCACAUGCCCCAUUUGUCGAAACUCGCCUGCUCAUACUCUCCUAUCUAUUGCCACCACAUGA